AUGCAGAUUGGUGCAUCUCUGUUUGCCAGCAGUGAGGGUUCAGGAUUGUUCAUCGGUCUGGCUGGGACAGGAGCAGCAGGAGGGAUCGCUGUAGCCGGAUUUGAAUGGAAUGCAACUUAUGUCCUGUUGGCUCUUGCCUGGAUCUUUGUCCCAGUUUAUGUGUCUUCUGGGAUUGUCACAAUGCCAGAGUAUCUGGGUCGGCGGUUUGGAGGAGAGCGAAUUCGCAUGUACUUGUCAGCUCUCAGUCUGAUGCUGUCCGUGUUUACCAAGAUCUCAACAGAUCUGUACUCUGGAGCUUUGUUUGUCCAGGUUUGUUUGGGCUGGAAUCUCUACCUCUCCACUGUGCUCAUGCUGGUCGUCACUGCCCUCUACACUAUUGCAGGUGGCUUGGCUGCUGUAAUCUACACCGACACUCUUCAGACCUUCGUCAUGAUCAUUGGAGCGAUCAUCCUCACCAUUACAGGUCAGUCUAUCACAGGCCUCUUCUUUUAUUCUCCACUGGCACUGAUCUCAUGUCAGCUGUCAAUGGGGGAAGUAAGUACAUCUUGAAAGCAGUGCCGAAAACAGAUGGUGACUGUUAGAGAACAUGUUUGGCAGGCACAUUUCCCGGGUUAUGUAGUA